AACCGACGGAUGUUACUGAAAUAAGUUGAUAAACUUCAGCAAUUUAUCACGCGCGUCCAAUAUCACACAUAAUCACAUCUGCGUAGCGGCAUCUCAAAAGUAUGCCUCGGAAAAACUUUUCUCGCCAUUCGAACGAUGAGAAGUCAUUCGCUACUACGAGAACCCACAGCUCCAACGACUAUCCCCGCUCCUCAAAAUCGACUUGACAAGCGAAAAUCUCAAUCCAAAAACUACAUACCUACCGUUAUAAGUCCGAAUUUCUUCGACAAAAGACAUCAAUCAUCAGGCUUUUCCCCCAAGAGAGAGAAGAGACAAGCUACAAUUGGCAACACUGUCGACGCUGCUCAGCUGCUCGCUGUAUUGGUCACGUGGCUCGGCUCUCACGGCAGUGGGCAGAAGUAAACACAUAAAGCGCUCGCGACGAGCCUCGGCUGCAGCAGUUCUCGAGCGCGACUCACAGCGUUCGCUUCACACGAAUUCUUUAACCCAUCAAGUUGAUCCUCUACGAGAUAAAUUAAAAAUUAACCAAUCAUGAAGACUUUGGUUGUAUUCCUAUUAGCAGCCAUUGCUGUUACCCAGGCUGUUUCUUUCCUGGAUCUUGUUCUGGAAGAAUGGAAGACCUUCAAGGUUCAACAUAAGAAAGGCUACAACAGUGACAUUGAAGAAAAGUUCAGGAUGAAGAUUUUCAUGGAAAAUAAACAUAAAAUUGCCAAGCAUAAUGCCAAAUAUGAAAUGGGACUGGUUCCUUACAAACUACAAAUCAACAAAUAUGCUGAUAUGCUCCAUCAUGAAUUCGUCAACACUCUUAACGGAUUCAAUAAGACCAAGCCAGGCAUGCUCCAAAGUUACCAGAAGCCAGUUGGAGCCAAAUUCAUAGCACCAGCUCAUGUUGAGCUUCCCAAAUCUGUAGACUGGAGGCAAGAGGGUGCCGUUACUCCUAUCAAGGAUCAGGGACACUGUGGUUCCUGCUGGUCAUUCUCAGCGACUGGUGCCUUGGAAGGUCAACACUUCAGACAAACCGGCAAGCUCGUCUCCCUCAGCGAACAAAAUCUGAUCGACUGCUCUGGCAAAUAUGGCAACAAUGGCUGCAACGGUGGUCUCAUGGACAACGCUUUUAAGUAUAUCAGAGACAACAAGGGCCUCGACACGGAGUCUACCUAUCCCUACGAGGCUGAAGAUGACGAAUGCCGUUACAACGCCCGCAACAGUGGUGCCGAGGAUGUCGGUUUUGUUGACAUUCCUGAGGGUGACGAAGAAAAGCUCAAAGCUGCCAUUGCCACCAUUGGUCCAGUAUCUGUUGCCAUUGACGCUUCGCAUCAGACUUUCCAGUUCUACUCUACCGGAGUUUACUAUGAACCUGAGUGCUCGUCUACCGAACUCGACCACGGAGUCCUUGUUGUUGGUUACGGAACAAGCGAGGACGGACAGGACUACUGGUUGGUCAAGAACAGCUGGGGCGAGACUUGGGGAGACAAGGGAUACAUCAAGAUGGCUCGCAACAAGGAAAAUCAUUGCGGUAUUGCCUCCUCUGCCAGUUAUCCUCUCGUCUAGAAAAUUUGUACAAGAAGAGAAAUCCAACGAGCCUAACUGAAGUACUGACGUCUUCAUGAGUUGGUGUUGUAAAUACUAUAAGAAUUCCAAAGUUGUUUAAACAACGUGUGAUUCAUUUUACUCUCCGCAUGACAAGUGCAUCAUUUUCGCGAUAGGAUGAUUUUUUUUUUGAAGAUAAGUAAGCAUUUAAUUGUGAUUUUUUAUAUAUAUACUGUUAAACAUGGUAUUCUAGGAAAGUAUAAGUGUGGACCCAUUUGCGUUAUCUUAUUAUUGUCAUCAUCGAGCAUGUCUUAUGAGUUUGAUUCCAUCGUUUUAAUUAUUAAUGAAAUAAGAAAACGCUCAAAGUGUUCCUCUGUAUUAUGAGAGAUUUUUACAAUGUGAAAUAAAACAAAAUAUAUAAAUUUUUAAA